AUGUUCCUGGGGCCGUGCUGGCCGCGCGUGACAGCUGGCGGCUCCCUGCGCUUCCGCGCGUGGAAGAUUCCUGAAGGAUGCGUUCAAGGGAGCCGCACGCCUCCGCGCAAGGCGAGUCCCUGGCUGCUUCUGCAGGUGGAAGGGAUUAGCCUGGCAGCCAGUGCCUCCGCCUGCCUUGCCAUACACGGUGCCAAGACACAACGCGCAAACAGCCCCGAUUCUGCAGACAGCCUCGUCAUCAGGGCUCCCAACCAGAAAUACACGGACCAGACCAUCAACUGCUUCCUGCACUGGACGGUGGGCAAGCUCAAGUGUCACCUCUCCAAGGUCUACCCCAGCAAGCCGCCUACAAAGGAUCAGAGACUGGUGUACUCUGGCAGAUUGCUUCCUGAUCAUCUUCAACUGAAAGAUAUUCUCAGAAAACAAGAUGAAUAUCAUAUGGUUCAUCUGGUGUGUACUUCCCGGACACCCCCAAGUUCUCCAAAACCCAGCAGCAGUAGAGAAGAUCAUGGAGCUUCAACAACCAGCAAUAGCUCAAACUUGGACCAUUCUGGAUCAACCAGUGCCUCAGCCACAAACCAAGAAGCUUCGUCUACAUCUUUGAACACUAGUGCAGAUGGAGUGAGACAUCGUAAUCUUCCACAAGCACAAAGCAAUCCCAUACCAAGCCACCAGUUCCCUUAUUUAAUGCAAGGCAAUAUAGGCAACCAAUUUCCAGCCCAGGGUGUUCCUGCUGGAUUUCCUAUGUACCCUGCAUUCAGUCCCUUACAGAUGAUCUGGUGGCAACAAAUGUAUGCGCGUCAGUACUACAUGCAAUACCAAGCUGCUGUUUCAGCCCAAGUGACUUCCAGCACCGAGCCCAUGAGAUCUGCAGUUGCCCAGGCUGUAAAUUCAGAGCGUGCCGCUGCCAACGAGGCCGCAGCAGCGCCCAAUGCAGCCGCCCAGGAGAACAGGCCUGGGAACGCCAACGUCCAGAUGAACGCGCAGGGAGGGCCCGUGGUGAACGAGGAGGACUUCAACCGGGACUGGCUGGACUGGAUGUACACGUUCUCGCGAGCGGCCAUUCUCCUCAGCAUUGUCUACUUCUACUCUUCCUUCAGCCGCUUCGUCAUGGUCAUGGGAGCCAUGCUGCUCGUUUAUUUACACCAAGCUGGAUGGUUCCCCUUUAGGCAAGAGGGAGGCCAACAACAGGCAGCCAAUAAUGUGGAAGUGAACCGUGAUGGGCAAAAUGUAAAUAAUCCUGAUCUUGAAGAGAUGGAGCGACUUAUGGAUGAUGGGAUUGAUGAAGACAGUGGAGAAGAUGCAGGUGAAGAUGCCAAUACGGAGCCACAUCCUGGAUUCAUGGCUUCUGCUUGGUCUUUUAUCACCACCUUCUUCACGUCGCUCAUCCCUGAAGGGCCUCCACAGGUUGGCAAUUAGAGUGCAAGAGGAACUGUGCCAGGCAGCCUCUGUAGCCGUACGUAGAAGUGGAGCAGAUUCUAGAGAGUGUUUUAAAUACAGUGCAAUUUCAGCAAAAGUAUAAAUUUCUUUUUGAUCAUGGUGUAUAAAAAUGUGUAUUAUUUUUCUUUUGACUUUCUCAUGCAUUGAAUAUUUUAAGCACAAGUGGACUACUAAAUGCUUUCUUUAAUAUUCUUCUUUUUCUGAAGAACAAAAUGUAAAGAUAUUGGUCUUCCAUGUUUUAUUUUAAUUUCAAAUGUGUAUCACACUGAGACAAAAACUUGUACUUAGUCUGCACCAUUUUCUCUUUAAAGAGCUGUUAAAGUAUGAAUGUUGACACUUUUCUGAGUACAAUCUAUUUUUCUGAGUAGCUUCAAUGUA